ACCACGCUGGCCCUCCUCUCCUUUAUUCUUCUUCUUCUUUGGACUCGGACUCUUGUAGCACCACACCCUCCGGAUCAACCGAGAGUGUGGCGGAGUGCAAUUCAUCUUCUAUUCUUAUUGAACAUGCCCUUCUUGCAAGAGCGCACCCUCCAUCGGAUCUGCCAGUAUGGACUCUUGAGUCUGUCGCUGCUACGGCCCUCCGCCGCGGGGUCCAGCGAGGCCUCCACGGGCCUCAAUGGCUACACUUAUGGCCAAUCCGUCCCAGUGACGUGUCUGAAUCGGACGAUUGACUCCGGCGAACAUAUAACCGACCCCCACGGCAAACUCCAAUACAUCCCGUUCCCAACCUGCAACGAGACCUCCCUCCCGCUCUCCCUCCCCUACAGCACCACCACCACCAUAACCUGCACGAUCGCCUCCCUCCCCGACGACCUCUACCACCUCCUCGAAUACUACGUGCACUCGGACGUCCCCAUGACGUGCCGCGUGCCCACCGCCCCUCUCGCCCAACAACAAGCCCACAUGCCCCUCAGCGAGGGCAGCGGCAGCGGCAGCGACAUCGACGUGCUGGAUACCGACGGGCCCGCGUACACGCCCUUGACCUUCGCCGUGCAGGGAACCCUGCAGCGGAGCCAUUUGCACAUUUGGACGGAUAUGAAUGUUUUGGUGCAUAGUAUAUAUAAUCAGGAGGCGGGGGAGAAGGCGGGGUAUGUGGUCGCGGGGACGGCGUAUUCGGUGCCGGAGUUUGAUGCGGCGAGUUUGAGGAAGUUGGAGGGUGUUUCUGGUAGUGGUGGUGGUAAGGGGGGAGGUGGGGAGGGGGAGGAUGGGGAUGUGGCGGGGGUGGUUGCUGAGGCGGCGAGGGAGCCCUGGACGGCGGGCCAUGGGACGAAGGUUGUUCGUGGCGAGCCGUUGACGUUCUCGUUUCAUGUCAGUUGGGUGCACGGGGCGAGGGGCAUUGGCUGGCCUGCUUCUUCUUCUUCUGGGGAUGAUGAGGUGGAGAGGCACGGCUCCGGGUGGUUCUCGAAGCUGCUGUUCUUUGGGGUUGCAGCGUCGGUGGGCGCGUUGGUCGCGCUGUAUUGGGAGAGGAGUACUGGGGGUAUGGGCAGACGGCGCGGGGGGAUGGGAUCCUGGGGGUUCCGUCGAGAGGGAAGGGGUCGGUGGGUGUUGGGAUUGGGAAUGGGGGGAGGGGCAGUGGGUAUGGAGGGUAUUCGUCGCCGGCUCCAGGUGGCGGUGGUGCGGUGGUUGGGGCAUGGGGGGUAUGGGUAUGGGGGUUAUAUGAGUGGGAAGAGAGAUUGA